AUGAAACCACUAACUGUUCGUACUCUUGACCGAGGACCCGGUAAUCCAGCAACUACCAUCAAAUACCAAGAAGAAAACACCGCAAAUGCACAACACAAAGAGUAUCUUAGAGCCGUUAAAGAAGUUAAACUUGAUCAUAUUUUCCGUAAGCCGUUUGUAACCGCACUCGAAGGCCAUACUGAAGGCAUUACUCGGAUAGUCGGCUCAAAAACCAACAACGAUCUAAUUGCCUCUACCGACUUCUCAGGAGCCAUUAGUACUUGGGAUCUAUCCAUUAAACAGCAAAUCCAAACCAUUCCUUCCUUCUCUACACCCCGGGCCCUCUCUUUCCUCCACAACGACCUUAUCUACUCACAAGCCCAAAGCAUCUUCAUUCAAACCCAUUCUCCCACCACUCCUACUCCUACUACAACUACAACUACUCCUAGUGAAUUCUUAGCUGCCGCUACAGUUCUAGAUCUUUCUUCUUUUGAUUCGACCUUUGUAGCAGCUACUGUUGAUGGGAUUAACAUUUUUGACCACGACCGAAUUAAACCUAUUGCCACCUAUGCAACCACUCGUCCUCCCAAAAGAAUCAUUCUAGCCAGUCCACAAGCCAUCUAUACUGCCGAAGACAACCACUUAGCCGGCUACGAUACACGCACAGGCAACCAAGAAUUCCUCAUCCGAACUAGUUCAGCCAUCAAUGCCUUUGCCAUCAACCCGCACAAACCAACCGAACUAGCCACCGGGCUUAAUAGUGGCGAAGUCCAUCUCUACGAUAUUCUCUUUACUAAGCAAAGUCAAGCCCAUUACACUCCCCCUAAUAAAAUCUUACGUGGUCAUCCUAAGGCCAUCAUGGACCUCACUUACUUCCCCAACGGCCAAAAACUAGCUACUGCCUCCCUCGACCGCACCAUCCGUAUUUUCGGUAACAACCUCACUCAUACUCAAGAGCACAUCUACCACAACCGAAGAAUGCAAGGCAUCAAUGCUCUUUUCUGCACCAACGACAGUCACUACCUCCUAUCCGGCAGCACAGACACUAACCUUCGUAUCUGGCAAGCCAAUCCCAACCGCCCCCAAAAACUCCUCAACAAAACAGAAGAGGACUCCCGAGCCCUUGGCUCCCUCCUCAAGCGCAAGUACAGCCAAGUCAACCAACUCUCCACACUCACUCGCCACAUCAUUCUCCCCCGGGUCCUCAAAGCCGAAGCCCGCAACCGUUUCCACCACCUCCAAGCCCAACAGCGCAAAGAGCAAAACCGCCAGAACAACCAUUCCAACUAG